AUGGUAUUUGCACUGCUUACAGCUGAAAAUGUGAUUUUGGCCAUCAUUUCCAUCAUGUUCAUUGUAUUAUCUACAAUAGCCUUGUCGCUUAAUACGCUUCCUGAACUACAAGGCACGGAUGAAUUUGGACAAACCACAGAUAACCCUCAGCUUGCCCAUGUGGAGGCAGUGUGCAUUGCAUGGUUUACAAUGGAAUACCUCUUGCGGUUCCUAUCCUCACCUAAGAAAUGGAAGUUUUUCAAAGGCCCCCUGAACGCUAUUGAUUUACUAGCUAUCUUGCCCUAUUAUGUCACUAUCUUCCUCACGGAAUCAAACAAAAGUGUACUUCAGUUCCAAAAUGUACGCAGGGUGGUUCAGAUAUUUCGUAUCAUGAGGAUACUUCGAAUUUUAAAGCUUGCCAGGCACUCAACUGGUUUACAGUCCUUGGGAUUUACACUAAGGAGGAGCUAUAAUGAGCUUGGAUUACUCAUCUUGUUUUUGGCCAUGGGCAUUAUGAUCUUUUCCAGCUUAGUUUUUUUCGCAGAAAAAGAUGAGGAUGAUACAAAAUUCAAGAGCAUCCCAGCUUCCUUCUGGUGGGCAACUAUCACCAUGACAACAGUAGGCUAUGGAGACAUCUACCCCAAAACUCUCUUAGGCAAAAUAGUUGGAGGGUUGUGCUGCAUUGCUGGGGUGCUGGUGAUUGCUCUUCCUAUCCCAAUCAUUGUAAAUAACUUCUCUGAGUUCUACAAAGAGCAGAAGAGGCAGGAGAAAGCCAUCAAGCGCAGAGAAGCUCUUGAAAGAGCAAAAAGAAAUGGCAGCAUUGUCUCCAUGAAUAUGAAGGAUGCUUUUGCCCGUAGUGUAGAACUGAUGGAUAUUGUGGUUGAAAAGAAUGGAGAAAGCACAGGCAAAAAGGAUAAAGUUCAGGACAAUCAUUUAUCCCCCAGCAAGUGGAAAUGGACCAAGAGAACACUCUCUGAAACUAGCUCCAGUAAAUCUUUUGAAACUAGGGAACAAGGAUCUCCAGAAAAAGCCCGGUCCUCUUCCAGCCCUCAGCACCUGAAUGUCCAACAGUUGGAGGACAUGUACAACAAAAUGGCAAAGACUCAGUCACAGCCAAACCUCAACACUAAAAACACAGGUCACCCUGGAAAGCAAAAAGAAGAGCUAGAAAUGGAGACGAUUCCUGGCCCUACGGUCCCUUUAUUGACCACCCGUGCUGAUGGGAUCAUUGACAUGAGGAGCAUGUCAAGCAUUGACAGUUUCAUAAGCUGUGCUACAGAUUUCCCUGACUCUGGGAAAUUCUCCCACAGUCCACUUGCUACACUUCCCUGCAAAGGAGGUGUUAAUCCAAUUCAGGAGCAAAUCAGGGCAGAGGGAAGUGGAACCAGGUUCAUGGAGAUAAACCCAAAGCCGGAAGGCAGCCAUCGCUCUACAUUUUUCAUAGAAAGCCCCAACAGUUCCGUAAAAGCCAGUAACCCUUUAAAAUUAAGAUCUCUGAAAGUCAACUUUAUGGAAGAUGACAACAGCACAUUAGUACCAGCAUCAAAUGUACUGAGACUAUAUCCAGAUGCUCUCAAGAACAGGGGAGCUGCUGCCGCUGCAGACAGUUCCUUACUCUCUGAUCAAUCUUUAGUCAGUCCAGAAACCUCUAUCUACACCACAGCGAGUGCUAGAACACCCCCAACGUCGCCAGAGAAGCAGAUAGCAAUAGCUUUCAAUUUUCACGAUGCCAGCAUACAUAAAUAUAUAGAUGCUGACACUGAUGAUGAAGGUCAGUUGCUUUAUGACUCAAGCCCUCCAGGAAAUGUAAGUCCCAAAUACAAUAUUACAAACAGUGCUUAUCUAAAGCAAAAAGACAAUAUUUAUAGAAUGGAGAAGAACCAUCUAGAGAGCGCUGCUUUACCCACCUCACCAAAAUUUAUAGGGCAAAACUGCAUUUACUCCAUGGAAGGUAUGACUGGAAAAACCCAGGGCAAUCAGGAGACUGUCAGACUAGAAAAUCACAUUUCACCCGAGGUCCAUAUAUUACCAGGUGGUGGAGGACAUGCUAACACCCACGAUCAAAGCAUCUGACAUAUGCUCCAAAAAACUUGUUGAACAUUGAAAGGAAUGUCUUUACGGUCAACACAAUGAACAGGAGCUUCUGCAUGGCAUGAACUGUGACUGAAGCAAGCCACUUGUUUCUAAAAGUCUGAGGGGAGGCCUGGUGUGGGUUUAUGAAAACAUCCUUCUCUGGUACAACUAUAAAGCUGUUGCCCGAUUCAUCUUACAAACAUCAAUGAAAAUAAAGAUCGCAAGUCUUGCUCACACUUUGAUCUCCUUUCAUGUCCUUCAUUGAAGUCAGCAUGACCAAAUAUACAUCAACUCCCCUUGUACAAUGGAUCUCCUUUUGGAAGUGUUAACAUCUGAUUUGUGUUACUUCCAUAGAAGAGACCAGGGCAUCCAGAUUUGAACUCUGGACCAAAUUACUGGGGUUGGUAUAAAGUUAUCAGAAACACAAUACUUGUUGCUUCAGGGCAGUUGUUCCAAAUAGCCCCAUCUGCAUCUUUCUUUCUGAUGGAUACAAUGUCUAAAGCUAACAGGGAACACUUGCAUUAUGGGUAAAUCUAAGCUUAUGUCUAUUUAAAAUAACAGUGAUCUAGAGAAAUAAAUUAUUAAAAUGCCCUGUGUGUGUUUAAUUCUUCCAGAUACUGUAGGACCUGAUGUUUUCUUUUGAAAUAUCAUCAGGGUGAGUUGCACCACUUGUAUCUAAUUUAAAAUGCCCCCUAAGUAAAGUAGUGAAACUUGCACUUACCCACCGCUAAAACCAAUACCAAAUCUGGGGCUACAGAGGGGCUUCUAAGCCACAACCCACACUGGGGGAGUGUGAAGGGGCCGUGCAGAAGUAGGACUCUCCAGGGGCACUUUGGCUGACUCAGCCGGAAUUCUUCCAGGGUUCUGCGGGAGAAUGCACCUGAGUGAGAGCUUGACACAUUUACAGAAUGUAACAUGCUUCCUCUUACUACUCGUCCAUUACCCCAUACCACCUGUUCUGUGCAGAAGGCAGGGACCCAGGAGCUGCCCUUUUUGGAGAGUCCAGGCAUUCUAGGCUUGUAUACUGCUUGUGUUGCAGCCUGCCCCUACACCAGAGUGUAAAGAGUGGCAGUGAUAGCUCCUUGUGCCUCUCCCAUUCUGACUUCCAUAUUCACUUAGGGGUCAGCCUCAAUCUAGCUCAUAAAGUAGGAGGAGAGGGAUGAGACAGUCUGAAGCAUUUUGCACUCAGUCAAUGCUGAAUGACUAGAUAUGCAAAUGUUAACUAAAUAUGCAAAAACAGGACUUAUUUAAUUGUACACAACAGGCCUGAUUGUGCUGUCACUUCCACUGGUGAAAUCAGGAGUGAUUCCAUUGAAACCAAUGAAGUUACACUAGUGUAAAAUGGAUAUAAGUGAGAGGCAAAUCAGGUCAAGUCGCUUAAUAAUAUUCAAUCUUUUUCUUAAAAAUGACCAUUUUAAACAAAUGCAACUAACAGCAAGAAGCUUAGGUUUUAAACAUUGUCCUUCUAUAAAGUUAUUUGACUUGUGUAGAAAAUAUUUUUUUCUUUAAUUUUUAAUAUUAAAAAAAGCACUUUCUGUUGAGGGUUUUUUUUAAUUAUUAUUAUCUUGGGGGGGUGGGUUGUGUGUGAAGGUGGAAUAACAAACCAGAGUAUAAGAAUCUAGCACUUUAAACAAGCACUAUCUUCAUUUGUGCCUCCUGUUAUGACUGUGAUUUGUUACACACUUGUAACAAAACACAAUCCGUCCUGUGAUAACUGUGAUGGUAACACUUUAUGUUGUCUGUUUCUAUUGUAAAGCUAAACUGUAAAUAACUUAUAUCAAUAAGAGUUUGAUGCAUAUUUAUGAGUACCUGCUGUGAUGUGUAACUAUUUGCAUGCAACAGGUCUUGGUACAUAAAUAUCAAGUGUCGCUUUAUAAAGAAUACUCCACAUCUCUAGGAAGAUAAACUAUCUAGGUCUGGUGCAUUUUGUUCCUUUCUAUUGCAAAAUAACUGUUGGUUGGUCCUGAAUGUAACUGUCUGUCCACUCUAUACUAUACUUCUGUCUAUCAGUAACAAUGAAUGCAGCACGUACAGAUGAAAGCAAUAAGCACACGUAUGUUUUAGGAAUUGUUAUGGGAUGUAACUAUAGCUUUGUUAGGUCUGUACUUGGAACAGUACUGUACACAUAUUUGGAUCAAUUCUGCUGUCAGUAUCCAGAGCAAUUAUCCAGAUUACUCUCCUCAUGUUGGGUUAGAGCUUGAGGUUCUUCCUCAGUGUUUUUACUCACUUCUUAAUAAGGUUGAAUCCUGGGAAAUUUCCUGAGUGAGAAGAGAGACAGAACAAACUGAGUAAGGACCUCAAGAAUUAGCCUAGUGACAGAACAGACCUCAUUCCAUGCAAAAUGUUACACAGCAAGUACUCAAAAUAAAUAAAAGUACCUGUCCAUACAGAAGCAUCUUCAGAGCACUUAUAUAGGGCCAGUUCCCGAGGGGUCAUUAGUCAGUUUUCACUCAGUCUUCACUCAGACAAAACUCAUUCAUUUGAAUGGGCGUUUUGCUUGACUAAGGACUUCAGGCUUUGGCCCAUCGUAAAUACAAGUGUACUUAGGGGAACUAAUGUAGUGUGUUGCUGAGAUACUUGUUAAGACUUAUUAGAAAGUAAAUUUAAGGUGGCUUUCCAGCAGAUAAAGCUUUAAGUAUUGAUUGAUUCUAUGGGCUGCUAGGCCAUAGAGUGGAAAUGUGAAUUUUUAAACAGAGCAGUCUCGGCAUAAUCUCAAUUUUUCAGUCAUCAGCCAUGUCUGCCAUCAGCACAAAUGUAAAAAAUUAAAUAAAAAAAUUAAUUCAGGGAAAAAUAACUUUUUUUUG